CAACAACGGCAAUACUGUUAUCAAAAAGAUAAACAAGAUGAAACAGCUGUGCAAUAUUAUUAUUAUUAUUUCAUAACCUUUUAGGACAAAAUGCUUUGUUUAUUUUUGCGGCAAGCUAGAAUUUCUGGUAGUAUUAUUUCAAAAAAUAUCCAAAAGAUCCCAAGACGAACACCAUUUCGACAGUUACAAACAACGACCAUAAACAGGCAUGGAGAAUAUGAAUGGCAAGAUCCUAAGUCAGUAGAUGAAAUUGUACGAGUUACCUAUAUCGAUAAAAAUGGCAAGCGAACUGAGGUGAAGGGUAAAAUUGGGGAUAAUGUUUUAUAUUUGGCUCAUCGUUAUGAAAUUGAAAUGGAGGGUGCUUGUGAAGCUUCUCUAGCAUGUACCACAUGUCAUGUUUAUGUACAUGAUGACUACCUAGACAAGUUGCCGGAGGCCGAGGAAAAAGAAGAUGAUUUACUAGAUAUGGCACCGUUUCUUAAAGAAAAUUCACGUUUAGGCUGUCAAAUCAUACUAACGAAAGAACUGGAUGGCAUUGAAUUAACAUUACCAAAGGCUACUCGUAACUUUUAUGUAGAUGGUCAUACACCUAAACCUCAUUAAAAUAUAUUAUAUGGAUGCUCGCAGUUUCCAUAUUGUUGAUAUAAAUAUUGUUUAAUUAUUCUUUGUUUGUUUUUAAUACAAGCUAUUAUUGUAUACAAUAAGUCCAUUAAAAAGGUAUAACAUUGAAUUAAAUAAUGUCAUUUUAAAUCUUACUGGAUAAUUUAUAAUUUUAUAUAAAUCACUAUUUGUGAGGCAGCAGAGCUUAUGAAGACUGAAUUUUAUUUGCAAGGUAUAUAUUUAUAAUUUCAGACCCUAUAAAGUCCUUAUAUAUUGCGGAGUCCUUAUAACCAUCUCCGUCUGUCUGUUCCUUCAAUAAGUGAAGUUUCCUAUUUUAAAUAUUCAAAAUUUGUCCAUAAAUGACGGAGGUAUGAACCCGUUAAAAUAUUACUAUUAGCAACUAUUUCAACUCAUUUUGUCUCAUUAUGCCGGAAAAUGGAUUUAUUGUUAAUAUUGACAUUACCACCAAAUUUUGAACAUAUAGAUAAUAAAUCUAAUAUCAAUAAAAAUCCUAUUGCCAACUGAAA